CAUAAGAGUCUUUUAGACCUGCCACCCCUCCAUAUCAUAACCCCUCUCUCUCUCUCUCUACCCACAUUUUGUAUUUUGUUGUGAAGUGAGGAAGAGGAGAGAGAAAGCUAGCUAAAGUAGCUUAGAGAGCAGAGCAGAGCAGAGGUCAAAAUGAAGAGGUCACCUUCUUCUUGUUGGUCUUCAUCUUCAACUUCAAGCGUUGAGUCUGAUCUUCAUCCUGCUCAUCAUCAUGAUGAUCAAUCAGCCCAGCGCAAGCCCAAGGCCAAGCGUCCCAGAUCCAGACCCAGAGGAGCAAUCAAUAAAAAUCUCAACCAAAACAAGUCCCAGAAGAUUAUUAAUCCCAACUCUCCUAGAAGAAGCUCCAUUUACAGAGGAGUCACCAGGCACAGAUGGACAGGGAGGUUUGAAGCUCAUCUGUGGGAUAAGAGUUCAUGGAAUAGCAUUCAAAACAAGAAAGGAAGACAAAUUUAUUUGGGAGCAUAUGAUAAUGAGGAAGCAGCUGCUCAUACCUACGAUCUCGCGGCCCUUAAGUAUUGGGGGGCCGAUACUGCAUUGAAUUUUCCGAUUGAUACAUACACCAAGGAACUUGGGGAAAUGCAAAAGCAAUCCAAGGAAGAGUAUUUAGCUUCCCUACGGCGCCAAAGCAGUGGAUUUUCUAGGGGUGUUUCUAAGUACCGUGGUGUGGCAAGGCACCAUCACAAUGGGCGAUGGGAGGCACGAAUUGGGCGGGUUUUCGGAAACAAAUAUUUAUAUUUGGGAACUUACAGCACCCAAGAAGAAGCAGCAGCAGCAUAUGACAUGGCAGCCAUAGAGUACAGAGGUCCAAAUGCAGUUACCAACUUUGACAUCAGCAUCUAUGCAGGCCGCUUGAAGAAGAACAAAGCUCUUUUAGAUGAACAACCCCAACAACCAAAUCCCAAAUCCUCCAUAGAAGAGUGGGGAGAUCAACAACAACUUCAACAUCAACACCACCACCGCCUCCACCGAGAAGAUGAACAAGAGAAAAUAUUGGUGGUGCCCCAACCCCAACCUCUAAACUUAGAGUUCCCUCCUGCCAUUGACUCGGCUGAUCAUAUGGUGGUGACGGAUUCCACCAACGAGCAUGAUCACCCUUGGAGUCUCUGUUUGGAUACUGGAUUCAAUAUGCUUCCAGUUCCUGACAUUCCCCUCGAGAAAGUAGGUGAGCUACCAGACUUGUUUAAUGACACAGGUUUUGAGGAUAAUAUUGAAUUCAUCUUUGAUGGACCAUCCAAUGAAAAUUUUGAGUUCAACCUCGAUAGCCUGUUCAUUGACACCACAACCAACUUGGUUGAUAAUGAUAUUUUAUGGGUUAUGGAGGAAAAAGAGCGUGCAGGAUUGACUUCACCUCCUCCUCCUUCCCCUUCAUCGUCAUCGCCAUCCUCUUCAACCACCAACACCACCUUGUUUCCUUGUAAUUAGUUUGUUUAAAAGGUUUGGGAUAUUAGAUCUUUAUUUAGAAUUGCUGGAGUUUGUUUUGUUUGGUUUGGUUUUAAUUGGUAUAUGUUGUGGGGGGAUAUAUAGGAAACUUUUGAGACGUGUUUAGAUUGUGUCCUACAUUUUUCCCUCAUUGUUUUCAUAAAAUAUGGACAGUUGGACAUAUUUUGGGCGCAAGGCUUUUUGCGAUGAACUGUAAACUCAAAUGUCUGAAGUAUGACAUCUCUUCGUAUUGCAUCUAAUCUUAGUUGAUACAUAUAA